AUGUCCAUUACAGCAAUUGUUACACUGGAGAUAAACGAGAUAGACUGUAAAACAGAAGUUAAAGAGGAAGCAGAAGAGCCGUAUAGAAGGAAUGAUGAGCCGUGUCAGGAGGAGGAACGUUCUCCAGAGAUCGGCACAGACCUCGGAGACACCCAGAGAGACGUCAAAGCUGAGGAGGACGAAGUAGACUAUGUGAUGAUUAAGGAGGAGGACACUUUCAUUAGGAUCGGCUCAGAUGGACAGCAGAUCCGGAACAAGGCGAAAAUUUCCACCAAUUUUCCAGAAAACAGAAACUACACCAUUUUAAGUUCUCCAGGAGAAGACCCCAUUUCCCCAAAUCUCCAUCCAGCACUCCCCAACGCAGGCCAAUUAUGUCAUACCUCUACGCCCGGGGGGGAUUUUCCCAAUCACUCACCUCCCAUCACCUAUCCUACAGGUCAUGAAAAGUUCUUGUGUUACCUUUGCGGGAAAAGUUUCACCAGGAAGGAAACUCUCACCCAACACCAGAGAUCUCACACUGGAGAGAAGCCACAUUCAUGUUCCGUAUGCGGGAAAAGUUUUCUUCGUAAAUGGUGUUUGAUUAACCACGAGAGGACUCACACAGGAGAGAAGCCAUAUUCAUGUACGGAAUGCGGCAAACAUUUCAUGCACAAGUCAAAUCUCGUUUUCCACCGACGGACUCACGCAGGCUUCCCGCCGACGGAUCCGCACAAGCCGUACUCCUGUUCCGAAUGCGGGAAAAGCUUUAAGGUAAAUGCUGGUCUCCUUCUACAUCAGAGAACUCACACUGGGGUGAAGCCGUAUUCAUGCUCGGAAUGCGGGAAGUGUUUUGCCAUGAGCUCGGCUCUUGUGAAACACAAAAGAACUCACACGGGGGAGAAGCCGUAUUCCUGUUCACAGUGCGGGAAAUGCUUUAGUCAGAGGACCCAUCUUGUUUUACACGAGAGAACUCACUCCGGGGAGAAGCCGUAUUCAUGUGAAGAAUGUGGGAAAUGUUUCAUCGGAAGUUCAGCUUUGGUGAAACACAAGAGGACUCACACCGGAGAGAAGCCGUAUUCUUGUUUGGUUUGCGGGAGAGGGUUUACGCGGAAAGAGAACUUGGCUGUACAUCAGAAAAUUCACACCAGUCAGAAGCCGUAUUCCUGCCCCCAGUGCGGAAAAUGUUUCAACACAAAGUUCCAACUUCUCCAACAUCAGAGAACUCACACCGGGGAGAAGCCAUAUUCAUGUUCUGAAUGUGGGAAAUGUUUUACUACAGGUUCAGCUCUUCGUGUUCACCAGAGAACUCACACCGGGGAAAGGCCGUAUUUGUGCACAGAAUGUGGAAAAUGCUUUACCACGAGUACAGCUCUUGUUAAUCACAAGAGAACUCACACCGGGGCAAAGCCGUAUUUGUGUUCGGAAUGCGGGAAAUGUUUCGCCGAAAGUUCAGCUCUCAUUUAUCACAGGAGAUCUCACACAAUGGAGAAGCCGUAUUCAUGUUUGGAGUGUGGGAAAUGUUUUACUAGGAGCUCAGCUCUCGUUAAUCACAAGAGAACUCACACCGGCGAGAAGCCGUAUUUGUGUUCUGAAUGUGGGAAAUGUUUUGCGGAGAAUUCAAGUCUCACUACUCACAAAAGAAUUCACACGGGGGAGAAGCCCUAUUCGUGCUCGGAAUGUGGGAAAAGUUUUACUAAGAAAUCAACUCUUGUUACUCAUAUGAAAACUCACACAGGGGAGCGGCCAUUUUUGUGUUCAGAAUGUGGCAAAGGUUUCCCUCUAGGAUCCAGUCUUGAGUCACACAUAAGAACUCAUACGGGGGAGAAGCCGUAUUCAUGUUCAGAGUGUGGGAAAUGUUUUAGUCAGCUGAACCUUCUUAAAAUUCAUAAGAGAAUUCACAAUGGGAAUAAGCCAUAUUCAUAA